AUCAAUGUUUGGAGUCUGGUAUCCAGGUUAGGGUUUUGUCGGGGUCUGGGCGUGGCAGUUGCCAUCGGCUGGACCAUGUCGGCCUUCGAGAAGCCUCAGAUUAUCGCUCACAUCCAGAAGGGGCUCAACUACACGGUGUUUGACUGUAAAUGGGUGCCCUGCAGCGCCAAGUUUGUGACCAUGGGCAACUUCGCACGGGGCACCGGCGUCAUUCAACUGUACGAGAUCCAGCACGGGGAGCUGAAGCUGCUUCGGGAGAUUGAAAAGGCCAAACCCAUUAAAUGUGGAACAUUUGGUGCUACAACUUUACAGCAGAGAUAUUUAGCUACUGGAGAUUUUGAUGGAAACCUUCAUAUAUGGAAUUUGGAAGCUCCAGAGAUGCCAGUGUAUUCUGUGAAGGGCCAUAAAGAAAUUAUAAAUACUAUAGAUGGUAUUGGUGGGUUAGGAAUUGGGGAAGGAGCCCCUGAAAUUGUGACUGGCAGCCGAGAUGGAACUGUGAAGGUGUGGGACCCACGGCAAAAAGAUGAUCCUGUUGCUAAUAUGGAGCCUGUGCAAGGAGAAAACAAGAGAGACUGUUGGACAGUGGCAUUUGGCAAUGCUUACAAUCAAGAGGAGCGUGUUGUUUGUUCUGGCUAUGACAAUGGGGAUAUUAAACUGUUUGAUCUCAGAAAUAUGUCAUUACGCUGGGAGACAAACAUCAAAAACGGGGUAUGUAGCUUGGAAUUUGACAGAAAAGACAUAAGUAUGAAUAAGUUGGUAGCUACAUCUCUGGAAGGAAAGUUCCAUGUUUUUGACAUGCGAACACAGCAUCCAACCAAAGGUUUUGCCUCUGUUUCAGAAAAGGUAACUAAGUCUGCGGUGGGGCAGGCCCGCCCCCUGCCGCAGAACCGCGAGCUCUUCCUGACAGCCGGAGGCGCCGGCGGCCUUCACCUCUGGAAGUAUGAAUACCCGGUGCAGAGGUCAAAGAAGGAUUCCGAGGGAGUGGAGAUGGGAGUCGCAGGUUCUGUCAGCCUUCUGCAGAACGUGACAUUGUCUACUCAGCCCAUUUCAAGUGUGGACUGGAGUCCAGAUAAAAGGGGUCUCUGCGUCUGUAGUUCCUUUGACCAAACAGUGAGAGUACUGAUUGUUACAAAACUCAAUAGAAUUUGAGUUGAAGACUUUGGACUUGAAACCUCUCAGAGGAAUACUCAUAGAUUACAAGCUAUGUUCUAGGAUCCUCUGACCCUCAUUGAACAAAACUGGAUUUGGCUGAUGAAAGAAGGCCCCAGCCACAAACCUCCAGGCUAGCCUCCUGCCUGUCCUUGGGUGCAUUUGGUGAUCUGACAUUGGCUUACAGCUGGGCAUGGGGGUGCCACUCUCCCCAGAGCCCCCUCCCCUCCAUUUCUAAUACAAAGUCAGUCAAUGUCUCUAUUUAAAUGUAUUUUACAUUUCUUCUAUUAAUACAUCCCCCAAAGUUCCAUAUUUCAUCUUUUGCACUGGUGAUGUGUUUUGUGUUUAUAAUAUUGUGACAGAAAACACUUUAUUUGGCUUAAAAUAAUUUGCUUUGGAAAAACUACUGUGAAUUAACUUUCAUCAAUACAAAUUUAUGAAGUACAAAUUUCAUAAAUACGAAUUUCAGUCUAAGUUCUGUGCAGAAUAUCAUUUUAUAAAAUACCAAAAUGGCACCAUCAGAUUGGAUUUGAGUUAUUGUUUUCAGGAACAUAAGUCAUAAAAUGAAAUACUAUGAUUUGCAUAGACCUCAUUUUUGCUUAAAAUACAGGAGUCGAGUUAAUGAGACUUUUGAUUUUUAACUGUUUCAAGUGAUGGUGAGAUGUAUGAAAUUGUGAGGGUUUUAUAGUCUUAUUUCUUGUCACAUCUUUAAAAUAAUAUUUUUAUGAAUAAACUUCUGUUUUUGAAAUCUAUGGAAGGUUUGAUUCUGUUAAGAGUAGUAAUAAAGUCAACACUCACUUUUUUGCUUUAUAAACAGUAAGUACCUCUUCAUUCAUUUUGCUUCUUUAAUGUUUACUGUAUCUUGGCUGGUGCUGCGGGACAGCAGUAAAGCACUGCUCAGAGCCACAUCCCACAGGCGACCAGGGUUUACAGCCCUGGCCCAAUUCACCUAAAACAUGCUGGGCAUGCACAGGAGUACCCUAAGAGUUGACGGGCUGGAGGAAUGGAGGAAGGC